AUGAAUUUUGGCAACCUUGCCUUCACGGCACGCCAUGAGCGGACACCAGAGGAGAAGAACCUUGUCCGAAGGUUGGACAUCUUCUUGAUGACAUUCGGCUGUGUUUCGCAGGACCUCGACCAAACGAAUAUCAACAACGCCUACGUCUCUGGCAUGAAAGAGGACCUGAAUCUUCAUGGAAAUGAGUUGAACUACUUCACGACGUAUUUCAAUGUCGCGUACUGCAUCAUGCUCAUCCCCUCGCAAAUCAUUCUAACCUACGUACGCCCGAGCUAUUGGCUGUCUGGUCUCGAAGUCUGCUGGGGCAUCAUCACAGGCAUGUUCGCUCUCGUCAAGAACGCGCAACAGGUCUACGUGCUCCGCGUCCUUAUCGGUCUCUGCGAGAGCAGCGCCUGGCCGGGUAUGAUGACGCUGUUGAUGUACUGGUACACCCCUUCAGAGCUUGCUAAGCGGAUGGGCUUCUACCAUUCGUGCCAAGCUGUCGGGUCGAUGAUGUCUGGCGCGUUGCAGGUCGCGAUUCGGAGCUCCAUGCAUGGAUUACACGGACUGCCCGGUUGGCGCUGGUUGUUCGUCGUUAAUGCCAUAAUGACGAUUGUCGUCGGUGCUCUGGGUUUCGUGUUACUGCCCGACACCCCUAACAACCCCAACCCACGAGCGUUCUGGUUCAAGAAGGGACACGCCCAGCUUGCUAUGGAGCGACUGGAACGUCACGGCAAGGCAGAGCCGAAGAAGAUGACCUGGGCCGCUGCGAAGCGCGCAUUCAAGAGCUGGGUCAUCUAUUUCAUUCCCAUCUUGUACAUCGCCACAGUGCUCGAGUCGUACGGCAACAACUACUUCGGCCUGUUUUUGAAGAGCCUGAAGAACCCCGAUGGAAGCCCCAGAUGGUCGACUUCCGAGGUAAACGCCAUCCCUAUCGGGGGAAGUGCGAUUAAUGUAGUCUUCGUCUGGAUCUGGGCCAUUCUAUCCGAUCUCUUCAUGACGCGAUGGACUUUGAUCGUCGCCCAGGGCGUGAUCGGCGUCGCCGUAUGCAUCGCCAUGAGCGUCUGGUCCGCACACCCCGCCACAACACCUCUCGGUGUAGCAUACGCAUCCAACUUCAUCAUUUUCACGGUAAUGGGAACGGCUCCGUUGAUCUUUGCAUGGCUGGCCGACAUCCUGCCCCAUGACUCCGAGGCAAGGACACUGGUCGUCGGUGUGUCCAUUGCGGGCUACUACGCCAUCUCGGCUUGGUCGCAAGUUCUGGUCUGGCCGGCAAUCCAGGCCCCGUACUACAAAUACGCGUGGCAGUCAGCUAUUGCCAUCGGCAUUCUCGUCAUCGUCAUGACAUGCGUGCUUCGCUAUAUUGAUGUCAAGUACCUUGAGCCGAAGAGGGAGAUGUACAGAACUACGGUAAUUGAAGCGGCGACCAAAGAUGACGGCGAGCUGGCAGAAAGCGCCCAAGAUGUUGCCGAUCGAAAGGUGAAGUCCACUGCGAUAGUGCCGGAGGUCUGAGCUACUGGUGCUCGAGAACAGUGUGGACUGUGUAGACAAGAUGAGAGUCUUGUUUCGCAAACAUAGUUGAGCAUAUCUCGACAGCUCUUGUGCGGAACUUCAGGUGAGCAUUAGGUGAUGGGUGGAAAGUCCCCCUCGAAGCGGAGACACCGACUAGACGGCCGCCUCCCCAGGCGAGCUGCCCCUUCGUUAGGCCAAUGCGUAUAUACACACACCUAUAGAUAACAUUGCCCAAUCAUCUGCCAGAAUGAUGCUGUGCCAACCAAAUUUCCCUACUGUCAAUGAUACAUGCAAACCGUAGUGCAGGCUUUGGCUGAGGCCGUUGCCAAAAUACAGGCCACAAGAUUGGCCACGAUUAACUGCGCUGAUGCUUGAAAUGCGUGGUUCCGGGCCAUUUACC